ACCGCUGUUAUUUCUUAUCAACAAUCUUGUCUUGAUGGACUUGAGGAAUUUGAUCCUCAGCUUAAACAAAAGAUGCAAGAUGGUCUUGAUGUUGCUGGCAAGCUUACUAGUAAUGCUCUUGCUAUUGUUGGUGCUGUUUCUGAUAUUCUCAAAGAACUUGGCUUGCAAUUGAAGGUCCAACCGAGUGGUCGUAGGCUACUUGGAACAACAGAAGUAGAUAGUGACUCGUUCCCGACAUGGUUGACGGGAUCAGAUAGGAAGUUGUUGGCAGCAAAAAGAGGUGGUGUUCGAGUAAAACCGAACGUAGUGGUGGCUAAGGAUGGUAGUGGGCAAUACAAGACCAUUGGUGCUGCAUUAGCUGCAUACCCAAAGGCCCUAAAAGGAAGAUAUGUAAUCUACGUGAAAGCAGGGGUCUAUAAUGAACCCAUCAUUGUCACUAAAGACAUGAAAAAUAUUUUCAUGUAUGGAGAUGGCCCAAGAAAAACCAUUGUCACUGGUCGCAAAAGCAAUCGUGACGGGAUCACCACCCAAAACACCGCAUCUUUUGCUGCCAUUGGAGAAGGAUUUCUUUGCAAAUCCAUGGGAUUCACCAACACAGCUGGCCCUGAAGGCCAUCAAGCAGUAGCUCUCAGAGUCCAAUCCGACAGAUCUGCCUUCUUUAAUUGUAGAAUGGAUGGCUACCAAGACACUCUCUACGUACAAACCCACCGUCAAUUCUACCGCAAUUGUGUCAUAUCUGGUACCGUAGAUUUCAUCUUUGGCGACUCAAACACCAUCAUCCAAAACUCAUUGAUCAUUGUUCGUCGUCCCAUGGACAACCAACAAAACACUGUUACGGCCAAUGGUCGUGCAGAUAAAAAGGAAAUCUCUGGAUUGGUUAUCCAUAACUGCAGAAUCGUCCCAGAGCAGAAGCUAUUCGCUGAGAGGUUCAAGAUUCCAACAUUCUUGGGGAGACCAUGGAAGGAAUAUGCUAGAACAGUGAUCAUGGAGUCGACAUUGGGUGACUUUAUUCAGCCGGCUGGAUAUAUGCCUUGGUCUGGGAAUUUUGCAUUGGCAACUUGUUCGUAUUUCGAGUAUGGGAACAGAGGGCCUGGAGCUAACACUAAUAGGAGAGUGAGGUGGAAGGGAGUUAGAGUGAUAGGAAGAAAUGAAGCCAUGCAAUUCACUGCUGGACCUUUUCUUUUGGGAAAAGCUUGGCUUCCAGGCACCGGUGGACCUUACCUCUUAGGGCUCAAGAAUUAAAAACAUUGUAUUUUCAUUCUUUUGAAUCUCAUCUUGGAGCCAUGGUUUGCGCUCCAUAUUCAAUAUAGUGAUUUCAUAUUCAUUAUUUACUUUCAAAUUAUAUAUCACAGUGGUUACAAGGUGCCACCCAUUCAAA